AUGGCUAAAAAAUUAUCUAACUCCUACGAAAUUCGCAAAGUGUCUGGAGUAAAUCCUAGAUUUCGUCUUGUUGCAAUGUUCGAGAAGGGCGGCCUUAUUAACCUAAUUCAAAAAGGUAAUCCUGAAGUAUUUGUGGAAGAUGCAGAGUGUAAUAUCGUGAACGUCAUAACAACUAAGAAAAAUGAUGCAAUAUUUCAAGCUGUGAUUGAAACUGAUAAGAUAACUCAUAAAAAGAAUAGACCCGCUUUAAAACAAAAACCUCCGCCCCUGGCUCCGGAUUCUAUUUGUAUAAGGGUUGCCGAUGGUAUAGAGACUUUAUUGAAUCAUAGAUAUAAAUUGGGAAAUGAUAUCUUCGGGGAGGAGUUGUCAGUCGCAGACUGA